AUGGGCGGCAUGAACAGCAUGAACGGUAUGAGCGGCGUGAACAGCAUGAACGGUAUGAGCGGCGUGAACAGCAUGAACAGCAUGAACGGUAUGAGCGGCGUGAACAGCAUGAACAGCAUGAACAGCAUGAACGGUAUGAACAGCAUGAACGGUAUGAGCGGCGUGAACAGCAUGAACGACUGGGCAGAAACGCAGGGAGCGUAUAGAAAAUGGCUUUGUAAGUUUUUUCUUUUCCUUUUGAAAAUCCGCACAAGGGGGAUAAACCAAAAAAAAGGGGAGGCAAAGAGGGUGAAGAAGGUGAAGAAGGUGAAGAAGGUGAAGAAGCCGAAGAAGGCAAAGAAGGCAAAGAAAGCAACGAACGCAACGAAUGCACAGCGGGUAAAGAAGUUGAAGAAGCGCAGGAGUGCUUCCCAAAUGGAAGAUGCAAGAAAUGUACAAAGUGGUAUGAGAAAAAAAAAAAAAAAAAUGAAAAAAAAGAAAGAAAGAAAAAAAACAAAAGCAGAGAUGAUUGGCUAA